CAGUGUCGGUUAAACUUUUGAAUAAAACGGACGGAAACGGAAAAACCGAACUGUUUGGCUAUUAGGGGUGGAAAAUUUUAUUUAUUCUUUAAUUUUGUUCUUUUCUAUUUAAUUCAACAAUCAAAAGAAAUCUUUUGAAAGAAUUCCUAUGCAAAUUAAGGUGUUACAAUCUUUCAAAAUAAUUGUGUAAUAGGAUCGGUUUUUUGAAAUAAAUAAAAUUAUUAUGUAAUUUUGACACUUUUGCCCUUGAAAUUUCAAAAAAUAAAUUCUUGUGAGAAAAAAGUUAUUAAAUUGUUCUAAGGAAAAAGGAAUAUUCACUUUAUAUUUCUUAAAACAAAGUAAAUUUUUCAAAAGUAAUUGAAUAAUGUUUUUGACAGUUUUUGUGAAUUUUUAAAAAUUUUUCUUGAGGUUCGUGUCAUGACUUAAACGGUGAAGGCAUCUUAAUCUUAAAAACAAAUUUAUCAUAAAUGACGAUUAAGUGUAGUGAAUACGAAUGUGCAACUGGUGAAGAAAUUACCUAAAACUAAAAAUACAUCGCAAUAGAUCCUGUUGAAUCCUUUUUUACUACAUAUAAAUAAAUUACAAGUUUGAUUGCUCAACGAUAGGUAUAAGCUCAUAACUGAGCGACACAUUGCCAUUCAUUCAUCGGAGAGAGCACUCAACUCUAAGAGCACAAAGGUCAAGGACAUUCGAACAAAAACUUUUCAUUACAAAAAAAGAAGCGGUAACAGCGGUAAAGUUGUUCCACAGGGAACCUAAAUUUAUCCCGAAAGGAAGAGAAGUCUUUGUCGAGUCAGCACGGAGUCAAAAAUACUUAACCAUAAACUCUGUCAGUGCGGACGCAUAAAUUUACCGCUACGAAAUGGGUAAGGAACGCGGUGAGAUCCUCGGCAAAGCAAACUGCUUGAGAGGAUGUGUUUCGGGGCUUGAUUUUAUGGACGAUACCGUUACCGAUUAUGAACAAGCCCUGCUCCAUACCGGUUUUGGAAAGUUCCAUUAUAAUUUGCUCGCGUUAUGUGGGCUAAUCUAUAUGAAUACGGCGAUUGGUGUGACAAUUAUAUCGUUCGUCCUUCCGGUAGCUACCUGUGAUUUUCAAAUGACGUCAUCAGAUAAAGGAUGGCUAACAGCAUCGCCGAUGUUAGGCAUGUUAGUUGGUUCAUAUUUCUGGGGCUGUUUGGCCGAUACAAAAGGACGAAAGAAGGUGCUGAUUGCAACUUUAUUGGGCGACGCCCUAUGCGGGCUGAUAUCGUCUUUUUCGCAGCAUUUUUUGUUUUUCUUAUUAGUGCGACUGUUAAAUGGAUUCAACGUUGCUGGUGCAAUGGGAAUCUGUUUUCCCUAUUUGGGUGAAUUUCAACCAACAAAAUAUCGUGAAAAGAUCCUCUGCUGGAUGGAAAUGUUUUGGACAAUUGGAAUAAUCGUUCUACCACUAAUUGCAUGGGGUAUCAUUCCUCUGGAAAUAAAAUUUGAAUCUGAAGAUUUCACUUUUCAUAGUUGGAAUCUGUUUGUGGCUGUUUGUGCUCUUCCAAGUCUUUUUCUUGGUUUAUGGCUCUUUGCAUUUCCUGAAAGUCCUAAAUUCCUUUUAGAAGUUGGAGAACCUGAAAAAGCCUUAGACGUUCUUAGACAUAUGUACGAGAAAAAUACUGGAGAACCCCAAGAGAACUUUCCGUUUACCAGUUUGGUAGGUGGUAAGAUAUUACCUACCGAUAGUGUCAGUGUCCGCAGACUUAAAUUGAGACGGCCCAAAGAGCUAAGACUCCUUAUUGGAGAAAUAUGGACGCAGACAAAAACACUUUGCACAAAACCAUUUCUACGGACAACAAUUCUUACUUGUUUGAUACAAUUUGGACUGACAUCGAGCUAUUAUACUCUAAUGGUAUGGUUCCCUGAGUUAUUUCAACGGUUUGCUGAUUUUGAAGAACUUAAUCCAGGAGCACCAACAUCAGUCUGUGAUGUCUCCUCAGUUUAUACCAUAAACGGAACAACGAUAGUAGCUGAUCUUGGUGAGAACUGUGAUUCAACUCUGCAACAAGGAGUAUAUCGAAAUACUGUGAUUAUUGGGCUGGCAUGUAUACCGACUAGCUUUUGGCUUCCUUUAUGUGUUCAUCGUUUAGGAAUAAAAUUCUUUUUGGUAUUUGGGCUAGUGGCUGCUGCAGCUGUAACCAUUGGCUUAUAUUUUGUGCAGAAUGCUAUUCAAAAUCUAGUACUCUCUUGUAUUUUCGAAGCUCUAACAUCACUCAGUAUCAGCACAGUUUAUUGUGUCAUGGUUGAUUUAUUUCCAACGAAUUUAAGAGUAAUGGCAGCAGCAUUAUCAAUGACAUUUGGCCGCGGUGGAGCCCUGUUGGGAAAUCUUCUUUUUGGAUUCCUGAUUGACUUCAAUUGUGUGAUACCAAUAGUCUUAUUUGCUUUUAUGUUAGCUGUAAGUGGUUUACUGUGCAUUCUCCUACCGAGUACGGGGAAUGAAGCCUUAGCAUAAGACUUUAUUAUAAUUUUAAGCAAAACUAUAUUAUUAUCUAAUUAAACUUAACCAUUAAUAAAUAUUUAUUUAUGAUAAAACAAAAACUAAAAUAAUUUACUAUAUAAGUUAAUGUUAACGAAAAUUGAUAAAAAAAAAACAAAUAAAAAUAAAAAAAAAGGAAUGCAUUAAGAAAAGACGUAGAAAAAAAGAAAAAACGGUUGUUUAUUUAUUGUUGUUUAUAAAAAAAGAAGCAAAUGUAAAAUUGUAGAUAAAAAUUAAAUAAUCUUUCAAAUAGUAUUGCUAAAAAAAAACGUACCUUGAAAUAAAUGAAAUAAUAUACAUAAAUAUACAUCAUAUAUUGUUGUUAUUUUUUUUUUAUAUUUCUUAUUGUUUAUUCAUGUAAGUCUUGAUGAUAUUGAUUAUGUAAAGAAAAAUGUAUUUUUUUCUAGUUUCUACCUAAGUAUUAUUUGGUAGUGAUCUUGUUUAUGAGGUAAAAAUUAUUAUUUGUAUAAUUUUUGCAAACGAAGUAAAUUUUAUAUUUUCCACAUUUU